AAUCGCUCUCGGAGCGAUUAACCCAGGGCCAGUCGAACACGCUAAUAGAGAGUAUUCGGAUGAGGAAUCUGAACGCACUCUAGUAUAGACAUUUGUGUAUAAAUAUAAGUAACGUUGUAACAAUGUCAGGAACGAAGGAAAGAACAAAAGUUAAGAAGCAUAUGAAAAAAAUUGACCUGCAGCUAGCAAUAAUAAAAAAGAAACAAUGUGAUGCAAAGGCACUUGCAAUAGUUGAACAGCUCUUGGAGCCAAAUGUGAAUUCUGACUGGCUUAUUCAACAUUUGAAAUUUAUAAAUAAAACACAUAUGGAGGAUGUAAUAGAGGAAAGAACUAUUGUAAAAUUAUGUGGAUAUGUUCUUUGUUCAAAACCAUUGACUGCUAUCAUCAAGCAACAGUAUUGUAUAUCAACGCGUACAAAUAAGGUAUAUGAUAUCAGUAAACGUAAGAAAUUUUGCAGUUCAAAAUGCUAUGGUGCAUCUAAUUAUCUUCUGGAACAAAUGCUUGAGAGUCCACUGUGGUUAAGAGAAAAAGAGGUCAUACCUGACUUUAAAAUAUUGCCUAUAAACUCUGUACCACCUUUACCUGGAGAUGAAGUAAGAAUUAAUUUCUUGCAAAAUACAGAUACCGACAAUAUUGAUCAGAACAGAGAACUUCAAGAGCUUUAUAUAACUAAACAAAUAAAAAAUCAUCCAUCACCCACUGUAUCAAGUACAGAGAUAGAAAAUAAUUCUCACUCAUCAAAUAAUACAAGUGUUGAAGAACAUACUGUAGUAGAAGAGAUUCUUACAAACAUUGAAAAUUUGCACGAAACAUCAGAAUUAUGUACUAAUCAGCAAGAUAAACUAUGUGGUCUUCAAGUACAUACAAAUAAUGAUCACAUUCAGGAAGAAAAUACAAAAUCAGAGAAUUUGGAAACACAUAUUGCUGUUAAAUUCAAUAAAAUUCAGUGCAUACAUGAACACAUUGGUAUAAAAAUAGAAAAUGCAAAUGCUACAAUUGUAUGCAGUAAUAGUGAUACUGAAAUACUACAAGCUCCAUUGGAUGAAAUAAGCGACAACACAAACAAUAGUAGUAAAAUGUCACAUUUCCAACUAGAUAAAGUAAAUAAUAGUCAAGAUAACAAGGAUAACAAAAUUGUACAAUUACAACUGGACAGGGUAUGCAAUAACCAAAAUAUCACAAUAUCUACCAAGCCUAGCAAUAAUGCUGGGAAUAAAUCAAAGAAAAUAAAAAAUAAAAAUGUAUAUAGACAGGAAGAAUCAGAUAAUGCAGAAGUACAAGCUAAUGCAUAUCAUAAUCUUAUAAUACAUAUUGAGCAAAGUUUUCGAGAAUGGAUUACAGAGGAUACACUUUGUCUUUUGCUGGAUGAAGGGGAUGAAAAAACUCAAUUAUUAAAAAAUUUGACACAGCAAGAUAGGUAUGAACAAUUGUGUAAAAAGUUAAAUAGGUUGCAAUUGCAAGAUAAAAAGGAAGAUCGUGCUAAUUUUGGGAAAAAUUUCCUGAAACCAUCUUGCCCAUUGCCUCAUCUGUCUGUGCUACAAGAAGAAGGAAAAAAAAUAGAAUUAAAGGUACGUGCGUUUUACCAAGGACAAAUGGUAAUUGUUAAAGACAACAAAUCAAAAGAUGGAAAUGAGGAUAAACAACCUAUAUUAUCUUUAACAGAUGCUCAUGCACCUAAUGCGCUCCGUCGACGAAUUUUCUUGGAUAAGCUCAAUAAAAUAUUACCAGAUUUGCUGUGUACUUUAACCAAUGCAAGUACUUCUUCUGUGACACAACGUAUUUACGAUAAUGUAUAUUUAUUAAUUAAACUGUUGGUUAGCACUUUUUACUUAUCUGCUACCAACAUUGUUUUCAAAACUGCUGAGUGGACACUAGUGGGACUCAUCAUCAUUAAGAUGUUGAGCCUAAUUGAUAUGCAAAUGCAAUCAUUGCUUGCAUCUAAACAGGCUUCCAUGUACAUGUCAAUGAUUCUUAUGACUUACAAAUUGGAUUCGAAUUAUGUAAACAGACUCGUAAUGGAUGUAAUAAACAAUAAAAAUACAUGUAAGCCAUAAAAAUA